AAUUAAGCACAUUUUUACGGGAUAGUUCACCUCUUAGCUGCGCAUGCAUUGUUAGCGAAACAUUGCUUGCUAGUAGAAAGUUCCUUGGUGGAAAGUGUAGUUGUCAGACUCUAGUUAGCGUUAGCUGAAAGCUUUACCCUGUACCAGGAUAGCAGCCGCUAGUAUAGCAUGUCGGGCUAACGGUAACUUGGAGCUAGCACACUUGUUGGCCAAGCGGUUAAUAUGCUAGCGUUAGCUUGCUAGCCACCCCUGUUGUUAUUCAUUUGAAGGGCAUUUUGAACAGACGUUGGGGUAGAAAUACCAAUAAAGUUAAGUACAGUCGGCUAAAUAUCAAUAUGCGGGCACGAUGAAUGGUAUUACUUGGUGCUUCCUUUCUCCUGUAUGAACACUUCAGUAUCUCAUGCUGAUGUGAGCGCUGCCUCCCUCCCUGAGUGCUUACCACCCUCACCAUCCUCACCCGCUGAGUUCCUCUGCACCAACUUGCACCAACCUUCUAGCAAUGUGUGAUAACGGAGACCCAGAGGAUAAACCGCCUGCCCCUCCAGUCAGGAUAGGCAGCACCAUCUUUAGCACCAGCGCUGGCAAAGACUCACUCUCAGGCAAUCACAGCUCCAAACCGCUGCCCUCUGUGCCUGAGGAGAGAAAACGCAAUAAGAUCAUCUCAAUCUUCUCUGGGGCGGAAAAAGGUGGUAGGAAGAAAGAUCGAGACAAAGAGCGGCCAGAGAUCUCACCACCUUCAGAUUUUGAACACACAAUACACGUCGGUUUUGAUGCUGUAACAGGGGAGUUCACAGGUAUGCCAGAGCAAUGGGCUCGACUACUCCAGACCUCAAACAUCACCAAGUCAGAGCAGAAGAAAAACCCACAGGCUGUGCUUGACGUUCUUAAGUUUUACGACUCUACAGGCAACGGUCGACAGAAGUACCUCAGCUUCUCUUCCUCUGAAAAAGACGCAUUCACUCCAGGACCUCAGUCUCCCACUAAAAAAGGCACCGAACCCUCAUCUCCAAACAUCAAAGACAUCGAUGAUGAUGACGAUGAUGAAACUCCCCCUCCUGUUGUGGCGCCAAGACCAGAACACACAAAGAGUGUGUAUACACGGUCUGUUAUUGACCCCAUCCCUGCUCCAAGUUCGUGUCCAGAUGGGGAUGCUGCCUCCAAGGCCACUGACAGACAGAAAAAGAAGGGCAAGAUGACGGAUGAGGAGAUCAUGGACAAACUGAGAACCAUAGUCAGCAUUGGAGAUCCCAAAAAGAAGUACACGAGAUAUGAAAAAAUUGGUCAGGGGGCAUCAGGAACAGUAUUCACAGCCAUUGAUGUCGCCACAGGACAAGAGGUUGCCAUCAAGCAGAUUAAUUUACAAAAGCAGCCGAAGAAGGAACUCAUCAUCAAUGAGAUUCUAGUAAUGAAGGAGCUGAAGAACCCCAACAUCGUCAACUUCUUAGACAGUUUCUUGAUGGGGGAGGAGCUUUUUGUGGUGAUGGAGUAUCUAGCUGGCGGUUCGCUGACAGACGUCGUCACAGAGACCUGCAUGGAUGAAGCUCAGAUAGCAGCUGUUUGCCGAGAGUGUUUACAAGCGUUGGAUUUCCUCCAUGCAAAUCAGGUCAUUCACAGGGACAUCAAGAGUGACAAUGUGUUGCUCGGGAUGGAUGGUUCCGUGAAGCUGACCGAUUUUGGCUUCUGUGCCCAGAUCACUCCAGAACAAAGCAAACGCAGCACCAUGGUGGGCACGCCUUACUGGAUGGCUCCUGAAGUGGUUACCAGAAAGGCUUAUGGGCCUAAAGUAGACAUUUGGUCAUUGGGUAUUAUGGCCAUUGAAAUGGUUGAAGGAGAGCCCCCUUACCUGAAUGAGAACCCACUACGAGCGUUAUACCUGAUAGCUACAAAUGGCACACCUGAGCUUCAGAAUCCAGAGAAGCUGUCUCCUAUUUUCAGAGAUUUCCUGAAUCGCUGCCUGGAAAUGGAUGUAGAGAAAAGAGGGGGAGGCAAAGAGCUCCUACAGCAUCCAUUCCUGAAGCUGGCGAAACCCCUCUCCAGUCUCACACCUCUCAUCCUGGCAGCCAAGGAGGCCAUGAAAGGCAAUCGUUAGCUGAUGAAUCCAGCUACCCUGCCUUCUCAUUGCUGUGCACAGAUAUGUGCCAACCAUUUAGAUUUUGUGCCAGACAAUAGGCUGAGAGUGACUUGCCACUCUUCAUGCACCAGCCUUAUAAGCCCUGACAAACCUCACUGUGAAGAAGACCAAAAAUCGAGAGCACAACCCCACCGCUGUCCAUAUGAACUCUAUUUUCUCUCAGAUGUCAGAAGACAAGUCAAGCUUUUAAGUGCUUAGUUUCAGAGUCGGGCAUAGUUAAUUUUGUACAUCAAAUCUCCUGGUGACAUGUUAGGGCUAGGCCUGUAUUUAACUUGGAAUGAAGAAGAAGCCUAAUUCUGUUUAGUUUUUUUUAAUCAACUGCCUUAAACAAAUGCAAAAUGUUGCCUAAUGUAUUGUUGAUUGUGUCCAUGUUUCUUUUCCCAUGAUUUUUACUACCUUUGUAAUUGAUCUUUUCAGCUUUUGUCUUAGUUAUUUUGAUACUUGAAGUUCAUGUCUGUCCCCCCUUUUGGUUUAUAAUAUGUCUCGUUCAAUGAACACUUGCCAUUUCCAUGUUGACCCGUGUUUUAUGGACAUUUCUCUUACUGGUUUUUAUAGGAAACAUUUCAGUGCGUUGGUCAUCAUGAACGUGUGUGUGAUUGUGUUGACCUUCAGCUGUCGGGUCUGACAGAUCUACUGUAUCAGUUCUUCCCCGUGUCAUUAGUCUCCUGAUACCAGAGGCGCACCUUACGAGCAAUUAAAAUGUUAGAUUGACAGGGUUUGUACUUUCUUCUCUGUUGUUAUUAAAAAUGAGUAUUGUAUGUUGA